CCAGCAACACUGUGAGAGAAAUGAGGGGAGUCUGGAGUUAUGGAAACAAGGAGGACUCGAUAGAGAAAGUUUCUUCGAGGAUUUGGGAACUGUUGAUGGCGCUUGGAAUUGGACAACCAAUUCAGGAGAAAGUGUUGCUACGUUCGAAUUCCGAACAGCACCGGUGAAAUCAUUUAUUUCUGCGGGCCUGUGUUUGGAAGUAGAUAACAGCGGAGUAGUAACAACAUUGUGGCGAGGAAUUCCACCGCUCAUUCCGGGAACCUGAGGACGCACGAAGUUUAGUUUAGAACCUGUUGCUUGCGUGCACUUUGGAUACUAAUUUACUGACUGUGCACAAUCUGCUCGGUUCUAAGUGUGGCCUAUCAAAGACUGGAAAGUUAGAUUUGCUUUAAUCUCAUUGAGGAUUGUAGCCUAGCCUACUAUCGCGGAGCAAGUUGUAAGCUUCCAUCAAGUGCCAUGCAUAGCACUUUAUUAUCAAAUAUGAGGGAUCGGGAAAGUGUCAGAUUCAAGACAACAGCAUGAAGACAUAGACACAAAAUAACGUCAAUGCUUUCACACAAGUGGGGAAAAAACAUCACUCAAAGUAUUGAAUGCAAUUUCGCUCAAACAUGAGUUCUUCCGGCGGCAGAAAGGUAGAUAGGCUAUAUGUCGGCGUGUUUGACUUAUUUCAAUGGAACUGAAAUUCGGAAAAUAAUUUUAAGUAAUUUUCCCCAGGAACGAAUUGUUCAUCUUGCUUCAUCUUGCGACACGUUGUAAAAAUAGCGUGCACGUUGGGAGUUACGAUGCUGGUCUCUUGGGUCACAUUUAUUCAAGCGUUCCUAAUACUGAUGGUGAAAGGAGCCGACCAAUGGAGCCUCCGGGAGUCCUCUAACUGCGAGCUAAAAAGGAAACAAAGUGAUCUGAACUCUUUCCUGUGGACCAUCAAACGUAACCCUCCGUCCUACUUCUACGGCACGAUCCACGUCCCUUACACGCGCGUCUGGGACUUUAUCCCAGAGAACUCCAAGAAGGCUUUCCAGGAGAGUAACAUGGUUUACUUGGAGCUGGACCUGACGGACCCCUACACCAUCUCAGCCCUGACCAGCUGCCAGCUCCUCCCCCAGGGGGGAACCCUACAGGACGUUCUACCCAGAGACAUCUACAGACGCCUCAAGAGGCACUUGGAGUACGUCAAGCUCAUGAUGCCAUUCUGGAUGACUCCUGACCAGAGGGGUAAAGGCCUCUACGCUGACUACCUGUUUAAUGCGAUAGCGGGGAACUGGGAGAGGAAGAGGCCUGUGUGGGUGAUGUUGAUGGUGAACUCGUUGACGGAGGCGGACAUUAAGACGAGGGGGGUCCCGGUGUUGGAUCUGUACCUGGCCCAGGAGGCAGAGAGGAUGAGGAAGAGAACAGGAGCUGUGGAGAAGGUGGAGGAGCAGUGUCACCCACUCAACGGACUCAACUUCUCUCAGGUGAGUCCAUCACAAAUGGCACCCG